AUGGCUAUUGUCACGAACGAAAGAUAUCCGCGAGCGGCGACGCAGAAGGACGACCGGGAUGAACCUGCGAGUCGGACGGGAUCGACCAAGCCGUCAGCCAAGCGGCUGCCACCCACGAACGACUCCACGCAACUUUAUUUUCCACCUGCGCCGCUUCGCAUCCCCAUGGAAAGAGACAAACCUCGGUGA